UCAACAUUAUCAAAACUUUGUUUAUUUUGUGUUAAAAAGAUAACAAUAAAACCUAAUUAUUAUUCAAUCAUAUCUAUUUUAGUUUAAAUAUUGUAGUUUCUUAUACACUGACAACAAUAUAAUAAUUUAUUAUAAGCAAAAGUGUUGUUUUGCUGCAAUGGCCUCUGACUCUGAACAAAAUAUUAUUACAAACGUCCAUGAUACAAAAACAAAGAACUUAGAUGCUUGUUGUCGCACUUGUUUGAGAGAUGUUCAAGGCGAUGAUAAUAUGUAUGAUGUAUUUCAAGAAGGACCACAUCAAUUUGAUAUACCUAGAAUAAUAUUUUUGUGUACUACAAUAGAGAUCAGUCAAAGAGACCCCCUGCCAAAGAAAAUAUGUUAUAGUUGCUACAGCUUCCUAUUAAACUAUCAUGAAUUUAGAGACACAGCUAUAUUUGCUGAACAGCAACUGCAAGAACAUAUAAUCAAAACUGUUCUUAUAAAAUCGGAAGAAAACCAUGUUGGAAUAGAAGUCAAAGGGGAACAUAGUCGACAACAAAGUGACAGUUUUAAUUCAAGUUUGAAUGAUAAUAAUUUAGAUUCUGAAAUGACAGUGAAAGAGGAACCACAUCCAUACUCAAAUUUUUCAGCUUUAAGUUCAGAUUUACCAUACGUUAGCCUACCUGAAGAACAGCAAUCCAACUACAUGGUGUCAUGUGAUGUUUGUGAAAAAGACUUCACUUCACUUCAGAAAUUACAAAAACAUAAAAAGCGACAUGAUAAAAGAUACUCUUGUAUUGUUUGUUCUGAAUCAUUUAAUUACAAUUUUAAGUAUAUGGAACACAUGCUGACACAUAGGCCUACUGUAGAUAAACCAUCUGAUGCUGAAACAAGUUCUGAAAUGAAUGCUGAAACAAGUACUGAAAUAAACCACAACAGUGUACAAACACAGACGCUCAAAUGUGACAUUUGUUCAGAAACAUUCAGAUCCGUUAACUCUCUAUCGGCACAUAAAAGAAAACACACUCCGAAAGACAGAGUGCUCUGUUGUUCAAUAUGUGGCCUCGUUUUCAAAAAGCUGUCUCAUUUAAAACGGCAUGAACAGAGUCACAGUAACAACAAGCCAUAUAAAUGUACUACGUGUCAGAAGUCUUAUGGAACCGAAUCUGCGUUUUCUGAUCAUAUGAAUAAGCAUAAAGGAAUAAUGCCUCACUGCUGUCCAGUAUGUAUGAAGUCCUUCACUCAUCUCUCAAGUUUAAAAACCCAUAUAAGAGUUCAUACUAAAAGAAGGCCUUAUUUAUGCCCUACUUGUGGGAAGACAUUUGACUCGAGUACUAAUUUGAACCAGCACCUGAAUAGACAUAAGGGUUUGAAAUCAUUUGCUUGUAACUUGUGUCCUAGGAAGUUUGUCAGUAAAGGCGAGUUAAAAUCCCAUGUGGUAACCCACACCGGUGUGAAGUCCUAUAAGUGUGACGAAUGCAACUCAUCAUUUACUAAGAACAGCUCUUUAACCACACACAAGCUCCGUCACUUGGGCAUCAAGCGCUACCAAUGUGAUGCUUGUCCUAUGAAGUUUACAUGCAAAGAUCAUUUGAAGAGACACAAUAGAAUACAUACAGGAGAGAGGCCCUACAAAUGUGACUUAUGCGAUCGUUCGUUUACUCAGAGCAAUGACUUGGUCAAACAUAAGCGUUCACACCUCGGCAAUAAUUUGUACAAAUGCGUAGAAUGCACACAAAGCUUCAGACUUCUAUCAGAACUUCGACAACACACAUCAGAGCACUUCCUAUCUGCACGACUUGAAGCACUGAAGUUUACUAACACAGACAAUAACAGUCAGCCAGUUGGCAAUAGUCAGCCAGUCGUCGUGAGUCAGGCAAUCGUCAUAAGUCAGCCAGUCGACGUAAGUCGGCCAGUUGACGUAAGUCAGCCAGUUGAAAUAAGUCAGCCAGUUGGCAAUAACGAUUCCAUAACCGUACUACCUCAAAAGCAAGGUCAUGAUGGUGGUGACAAGAGUGAACUAUGAAUAGGGAACCAUAAUUUUUUUCAAUGUCCAUCUUCGGCCAAUUUCAGAUCUGUAGAUUUGUUAUAAUUGAUGAGAGCCCCUCCAAGAGCCCCUCUUUGCUCUACCCACCCACUGUUACCCACUACUGAACUUUAAUUUGUUUUAUUAAUGCAUUCAGUUCUUGUCAUUUGACAAAAUAUAUAUCUUAGUCCCCAUUCGCUCUGGAAUUAUUUUAACGCGCAUUGAAAAGCGUUUAAAUAGAAUAAAUGCCUCGACUAGUGUAUGUACGUCCAGCGCUUUUAAAACGCGAUGCUUUUUAAUAAGCAUUGUUGCAUUUUCAACGCUGGGUUUUGGCCGUUAAAGACUAAAUUGCAUUGCAUUUGUCGCCGGAAAAUAACAAGGACCGUAAGUUUACAAAUUUCCUGCGAAAAUUAUAAACUUCCUUAGAAUUCUAAACAAGAGAUAAAUUGUAUUAUCAUCGACUAAUCAGAGAGCAACUAUCAACAUCAACCAAUUAGAGAGCAGUAUUAUUUGCCGUAUCUUUCUGAAGAUCUAUCUCAUUGGCCGAGUGGUCGCAAGUGCGACUGCCGGGCAAGGGGUCUCGGGUUCGAUACCCGGGUCGGACAAAGUAUUACAGGGGUUUUAAGAAAACUCCGUAGUUAGUAGCACGGAGUUUGGAAUUGUGCCUGGUCCCGGUAUAUGGCAAUAGACUCACCCCCUAUUACAUGGGA